AGCAGGCUUCACCCCACGACAACUUCAGUCUGAGCUGCCCGGGCUGAGUGGACGUGUGUCCGGAUGGAGGACGAGCUGCUCACCUGAACCAGCUCCAGUACUCGUGCUCUGCGGCAUGAACCACACCAGGAACCCGUAGCUACGUGUAUUGUGUUCUCAGAGGAAAAGGGCUCUGGAGGAGAGUCAUUCCAUCGACAUGACUGUGACACCAUUACGUUGCAUCAGUCAGCGUGAUUUGCUAUGGUGAUAUUCCAAGCUAACGCCGAGGCUAGCAGAGGGAUUGUUUUGGGAGAUACCUUCUUUUGAAAUAAGCUCACACGGCGACACAUGAAUUAGUGACUUUUUGGUGAUUUUUCUUGGUUCACGCUGGAACACAGAGGGGGAUGUCUAACCAAGGGGUGAGGAGAAACGGCCCAGUGAAGCUGCGGCUGACAGUCCUGUGUGCAAAGAACCUGGCAAAGAAAGACUUCUUCCGGUUGCCAGAUCCCUUUGCCAAAGUGGUCGUGGACGGUUCAGGACAAUGUCACUCUACAGAUACUGUGAGAAACACGCUGGACCCAAAGUGGAAUCAACAUUAUGAUCUAUACAUUGGAAAAGCAGACUCCAUCACCAUCAGUGUGUGGAACCACAAGAAGAUCCACAAAAAGCAAGGCGCAGGUUUCCUGGGCUGCGUCCGCCUCCUGUCCAAUGCCAUCAACAGAUUAAAAGACACCGGCUAUCAGAGACUGGACCUGAAUAAGCUUGGCCCCAAUGACAAUGAUACUGUGAGAGGACAGAUAGUAGUAAGUCUCCAGUCCAGGGAUCGCAUCGGAACAGGAGGACCAGUGGUGGACUGCAGUCGUCUGUUCGACAAUGACUUACCUGAUGGGUGGGAGGAGAGGAGGACAGCUUCUGGAAGGAUACAGUAUCUGAACCACAUCACACGUACCACACAAUGGGAGAGACCUACCAGGCCGGCGUCUGAGUACUCCAGUCCAUCAGGGCGUCCACUGAGCUGCGUGGUGGACGAGAACACACCAGUGAUGACACCCGUCAAUGGGGCAGAGGCCAGUGUCCCACCAGGUGAACCCAGGAUCCAGGAAAGACGGGUUCGAUCGCAGCGGCAUCGUAACUACAUGAGUCGGACACACCUGCAUACACCGCCGGACCUCCCAGAGGGUUACGAGCAAAGAACAACUCAGCAGGGCCAGGUCUACUUCCUCCACACACAGACUGGAGUCAGCACCUGGCAUGACCCCCGGGUACCCAGGGACUUGAGCAACGUGAACUGUGAGGAGCUCGGCCCACUGCCUCCAGGUUGGGAGAUCAGAAACACAGCCACCGGCCGCGUCUACUUUGUUGACCACAACAACCGGACAACACAGUUCACAGACCCACGACUGUCUGCUAACCUGCACCUAGUACUCAACCCAAGUUCCAAUGGUUCCCGUGUGGCCAUGGAGAGCCAAAACACUAACCUCAGUCAUCCGCCUCAGCUGAAGGAACAGGGUGGCCCUGGGGCCCCCCAGCAAGCUCUGUCGCCAGCGCAGUUACCCGAAGAAGCAGAGUGCCUGACGGUGCCCAAAUACAAGAGGGACCUGGUGCAGAAGCUGAAGAUCCUGCGGCAGGAACUGUCUCAGCAGCAACCCCAGGCUGGCCACUGUCGCAUCGAGGUCUGCCGUGAGGAGAUAUUUGAGGAGUCGUACCGACAGGUGAUGAAAAUGCGUCCAAAGGAUCUCUGGAAAAGACUGAUGAUCAAGUUCAGAGGAGAGGAGGGACUGGACUACGGUGGAGUGGCAAGGGAAUGGCUAUACCUGCUAUCCCAUGAGAUGCUCAACCCGUACUACGGCCUGUUCCAGUAUUCCAGAGAUGACAUCUACACUCUACAGAUUAAUCCGGACUCUGCCGUCAACCCGGAGCACCUGUCGUACUUCCACUUUGUGGGUCGCAUCAUGGGAAUGGCGGUGUUCCACGGCCACUACAUCGACGGAGGCUUCACGCUGCCGUUCUACAAACAGCUGCUGGGGAAACCCAUCACGCUGGACGACAUGGAGUCUGUGGAUCCUGACCUCCACAACAGCCUCGUCUGGAUCCUGGACAAUGACAUCACUGGCGUCCUGGACCACACUUUCUGUGUGGAGCACAACGCCUACGGAGAAAUCAUCCAACAUGAACUGAAACCUAACGGCAAGAGUAUCCCUGUGUCAGAGGACACCAAGAAGGAGUACGUCCGGUUGUACGUGAGCUGGCGGUUCCUUCAUGGCAUCGAGGCUCAGUUUCUGGCAUUGCAGAAAGGCUUCAAUGAGGUUAUACCUGAACACCUUCUCAAAGCCUUCGACGAGAAGGAACUGGAGCUGAUAGUGUGCGGCCUGGGAAAGAUCGACAUCGCAGACUGGAAGUCCAACACCCGUCUGAAGCACUGCACCGCCGAGAGCAACAUCGUGAAGUGGUUCUGGAAAGCCGUGGAGUCGUUCGAUGAGGAGAGGAGAGCUCGGCUGCUGCAGUUUGUCACCGGCUCGUCCAGAGUCCCGCUGCAGGGCUUCAAGGCGCUGCAGGGUGCUGCAGGACCGCGACUCUUCACCAUUCAUCAGAUCGAUGCCAACGCCAACAACCUGCCCAAAGCUCACACUUGCUUCAACCGGAUCGACAUUCCGCCCUACGAGAGCUACGACAAGCUGUACGACAAGCUGCUGACGGCCAUCGAGGAGACGUGCGGCUUCGCGGUGGAAUGAGAGACGCAUAGGAGAGUGUGUCUGUGCAUGAACAUGUGUACCUGUGUGCGAGACUCUGAUAGAUUUAUUAUUGUAAUUGUGACAUGCCGACGGGCUCACUGUGAGUCGGACACGUUUCUCUUUGACCAGCCUGCAGUCUUCCUCUUAUCUCACCGCUGUCCACGUCAUGUGGGAACAGCUGCUAGAAUCAUCGCAAAUCCUUUUGGUCUUGUUUUUUUUGUUUUGGUGUCGAUCAUGUGAAAUACAGUGAGCAAAUUAAGUGCUGCAGCGUUUCCUAAAUCAAUUUUCUUAUCAUGUGGAGUGGACGGUUUAUUUUUUUUCCCCCAGAAAAGGUGAAAACAAACCCCCAAUGUCUGGUCUCCUUACCUUGAGUCUAAUCAUAUAAGGAAGCAGAUUAUUAACAAACAGUUGUAGUGUUUUAAAAAAUGAGAAAUGUGAGGCUCUAUUUUCGUUUUGCAUUUUGAGCUGAUUAAAAUGAUCCUCGUCAUGCUACUGAAUAUGCAAUGUUGCUGGUAGCCAUAUCUUGCCCUAAGUAGCCAUCUCAACCUCAACCAGUACCGGAGCGCCAUGAAUUCAUCCUACCUCAGUGCAACGCUUUGACAGCUGAAGGGUUUUAUUCCAAAAUGAUCUGGAUCCUGCUCACAGCAUCCUCUGUUGUGAAAGUUGACUGCUCACGUCAUUCCUAUUCAGAAUAGAAAUUUGAACUAAUUUUCAGAAUUAGUUCAAAUUUUACACAAGCAGUUACUUUUGUACCUGUAAAAACAUAAUAAACAAUGGUACAAAUCAUUUUGAAAUGAAACUCGCGCAGGCCGACUCGGACGCACAGCAGGUCUUAGGUCUGUGGCAUCUCUGAGUCGAGCUUGUGGUGAUUGUUCAAAGACGAGAGGAGGACGGACUCUGGUGAAGAAGAAGAAGAAGAAGGAGGCUUGAAUCUUGUUUCGUUUUUUCAACCCUGAACCACUGCACACUUUGGCCACAGCUCUCGUAAACGUGUGCGUGCGCGUGCGUGUGUGAGCGCAAAUGUACGUAUGGGUGCGAGGAAGGUAGACAUUUUGUAAACGAGCUGCCCGCCCCCUCUGCUGACACGGUAUCCUGUGUAUGUCACCGUGAGGCUAAUCGAACCUCAUUGUUUGAGUCCGGUUCGUCUUCCUUUUCUCCAGCGGUUACAAGUAUGCAUGUUUGUUUUUUUUCCUGGGGGGGGGGGGGGGGGUUCUUUUCAUUCUAUCCAACCCAGCGUAGCUCAAUACACUUCCUGCGGGAUCACAAGUGAAGGGCACAACUGUCGUCGGGACAGGCGUCAGUAAACGGCCUUUAAAGGUGGACGACUAUUUUCAUCUGUUGAAUAAAGCAGAAGUAUUUCUUUCCUCUCUCUCAUGUCACUUUACAGCACUUUACAAACUCAGCAGUGAUGUCAGGACGGCUUCUUCACCUUACAUUCAAAUAUAUCAUGUUUUUAUUUGCUACUCGAUUACAUUAGAAAUAUACAGAGUAAAAAGUAUCUAUACACAUGUAAUGUUUGAGUAUAUAUGUAUAUGUAUAUACAUAAAUAUAUGUAUGUGUAUAUAUAUACAUAUGUGUGAGUACAAAUGCAUAGCUAUUUUGUAUAUUGUUGCUUUUUUCCUCUUUCUGUUCAAUUUAAAUGCAAGCAUGUUGCCGUCUGUCACAGACCUCUUUGCAUUCUCAGGUGAAGUUGUUCUUUUUUCUUCUUUUUUUUAUACAUUUAUGAGUUUGGUAUGUGAGAAGGGGUCAAAGUGGUUUUAAUGGAAACUCUAUUUCCGAGGACCUGUUGUUAGACUCACUAUAGAGUGAGAUUUGAAGUGAGAUGUCGAUCACAUUCACUUUUUGACACACACACACCAUAGGAGAACAAGAAAGGCCAUAUUUGCUGCUCCUGAAAUCUGUGUCACCAUUAAAUAUCAAACAGCACAGACAACCACAUUGUUUCAUAUGCACAACAAGUCUGUUUGCCACAUGAAUUUAGAAAUGGCGAGAGAACAGCCUGAACGCUGUCGGCGGCCUCACAUCCUCGGAGCUUUAAUCUGCCGACUGAUGCUUCACAGUGAAAAUGUUAGAUGAUGCCCCAGUUCCAUCACCAGAGCCGAAAUAAAAAAAAAAACUCUGCAUGAACUAAAGCUCGAGAGAUCAAGCCUAUUUAUUUGCUUAAUUAUUACUCUUUGGAAAUAUGUUGACUCAGAUAAAUCAUUAAUUUGAAUAUGUUAUCUUUCUGCAUUUAUUUGCAACCGUGAACAGUUUGUCAGCAGAAACUCAAAAUGUUAUUUUUAUUUGUCUGAUGUCAUCGUGAGACAAAACAGAAACAGAUCAGUGACAUCGUCGUUGUUUUUUUUUUACAGCUACAGAGAAUUUCUUAGACUUUUACCUUUUAAUAAUAACUCCACUCAGAGGCAGAGAAGAAAUGCAUUACAAGUUCUUUUGCACAUAAUAUGCAUAUGUGGGCUCCAAGUUAUAAUCAGACACUUCCUUCUAUUCACCAAAUAGUUAAUGGACUGAUGGAUCUUUUUUUGUAGAUAAAGUGUAUAUAUAUAUACACACACACACUCAUGUAUUUUUGUCCAGUGCACACAGUCCUCUUCUGCUCUUUGUUACUUUUCGUCUGCACCAAGUUUUCUGGCUGGUUCAGUCUGCAGUGCAAAAUGUUGUGGGGGUUGAAAUCUUCAACGAGGGGAGAUCACACAUCUCAUCAGUCCAGCAGCCAAAUUGUACAUCAACACAUAAUCUGUUCAAAAUGAUUCUUCAAUGUUAAAUUGAUCAAUCUUUGAUGAAAAGACAUUUUUGUCUUCUCUGAUCUGAUUAAUCUUCUGAUCUCAAUUAUGCAUCGUUAUGUUUAAUUUGUUACAAACAACAAACCAGCCCCUUCCCCCCAAACACACAGUUUUAGCACAGAUUUAGUUCCAUGUGCACUUUAAUGUGUGCAUGCAGGGUAUGUGAAAACGACUUUUGAUUGAAUUCAGGACAAAACAAACAACUUUUCUUUUCAACUGCACCAUGUUUGAUUUCUUUGAUCCUCGCUCUGUUUUUGUAUUUAUUAUGACAGUAUACGUGUUCAUAGUUUUUCACAUCAGCUGCUCUGUGAGCUUGUAACUGACACCUGUACAUAAGGACAAUAAAGAAGCAAUGUAAUAAACUUCUUGUACCCUUGCAGAAAGCUGAGCAAUAAAACUUUGCUGUUUGGACCUCACAGCAUUACGUUUUAUAGAAA